AAAAUUAGUUCUCUUAUAUAUAAGAUGCAAAAACUUUUCAGCGGUUAUUCAAUUGAAGCUCUUACAGACGUAGACAGUCCAAAUUAUAUUAAAAAAUGCAAACACGGCUUAUAGUGUUGGGUUUAGCAAUUGCACUAUUGCAUAGUUGCCACGCAUCUCCAGAAACAAAUGAUAUCUCAUCAGAAGAGUCCUACAAACAUAUGAAGAAUAAAACAGAAAAAUUAAUCGAAGCCAGUGGAACCACUUUUGGUCGUUGGAUUAAUUUGACGUUGGUAAAACCGAAAGAAAUUUUUGAACAAGUAUUUGAGGAUGUGGACGGAUUUGAUUUAGAGAAGGAACCAUUGCAUACAAAUAUAAAAGAAAUGCAUGAUUAUGUGGAACUCGUUGAGAAGUUUGAUCCCUCUAGAAGUCUCACAACAGAUGAAUAUACAGCCUUACUUCACGAUAUUUGUAAACAACUUGACAUUGUUUAUAAAAGACGAAAUACUGUUCUUAUUGGAAAGUUUAUAAGUGAGAACUUAUUUGUUGAAAUAUCUUUAUCUAAAAGCGGGUGGGAUGAAUUUAAAAAACAGGAAAGGGUUCUAUGGAACGACUUGAAUAAACAAAUUGAUGCAAUUGUGGCAGAUAUUAGUGAAGAGGAUAAAGCUGCGGAAGAAACGCUACUCAACUGGUAUGCAGAAUACGAAAAGGCAAAAGAUCUCCCAACACAGACUUCUCUUCUUAUGAAAUUGUAUGCAGACUAUGACUGUAAGUCUAUCUGAAAC